AGAGAGAGGAGGAAGGAAUCAAAGGCAGUUUAUGGCAGCCCACGGGAAAGACGGGAAAGCAGAGAAGCUCCGUGGCCAUGGCGCCCAUGGUUUUCCCUUUCCUUCCAUGAAAAUGGAAUCACCCAGAAUCGCCACUCUCCCAAAUUUGGGAUCGGGAGCAAAAAGUUUUUUCCUUUUCGGAGAAGAAAAGACAAAGCUUGAUCAUCAGCACUGCGGCCAUUGGACAUCGGCUAAUGUUCUCCUUCCUUCCUCUGCUGCCCUAACUACCCUCCCCCCUUAUUUCCUUCUUAAAAAUCCGAAUUUUCCGUGCUCUUCGAGUUUGGAGGUUCAGCAUUCGGAUACUCGCUUAAAGGUUUGAUUUUUUUUAUCGCCUCGGAGUUGUUUUUCUCCGAUCAAGGACUUGCCCUUUGUUUUGAAUGAGGGUGGGAGGCAACUUGGUUGCCGACGACCGCGACGGGAAGGUAAAAUCGGCCCCCGAGAAGAGCAAGGGACUUUCGAGGAAGAGAAAGCGGAGGAAGAAGAAGGCGGUCAGAGCGGUUCAGAGGCUGUUUGAGACUUGCAAGCAGGUUUUUGCGGAGGGCGGACCCGGAGUCAUUCCGUCGCCUGAGAAUGUCGAUCGCCUUCGAUCUUUACUUGAUACUUUGAAGCCUGAUGAUGUUGGUCUAAGUCCAAACUCGCCAUAUUUUCAGAACUUUGGGAUUGAUGGGCCUCCUCCUGUGACAUAUUUGCACCUCUACGACUGUCCUAAUUUUUCAAUUGGUAUCUUUUGCCUGCCACAAGCAGCUGCAAUUCCACUUCACAAUCACCCGAGCAUGACUGUUUUUAGUAAAAUCCUUCUCGGGUCCAUGCACAUUAAAUCGUACGAUUGGGUUAAUGACCCUCAGAGCUCAAAUGUGAAAAUCAAAUCCUCUAGCGGUGCAUGUCUCGCCAAGGUGAACACUGAUGCUGUAUUUACAGCACCUCAUCGGACAUCUGUUUUAUACCCUACCACUGGGGGUAACUUGCAUUGUUUUACUGCAGUAACCUCUUGUGCAGUGUUAGAUGUCCUUGGACCACCAUACAGUGAUGACGAAGGGCGCACUUGUAUGUACUACAAGGAAUAUGCAUUCUCAAGUUUCCCGGGUGAUGCGACUUUGGCAUUAGGCAAGAAUGAGGAGCACGCAUGGCUCGAAGAGAGUGGGAGCAAGCCACAUGAUCUUGUUGUGCGCAGAGCAGAGUAUAGAGGCCCGAGGAUUUUAGAGCCUUGAUUUGUGACUUGCAAAUGUACAAAGAAAAUAAAAGGAUAUCGAAAUAAGAAGCUUGGGAAAAAGGUCAUGGGCUGAAAUUCCUUCUGCUACCUAAUAUAUCGGUUUAGGUCGUAGUGGCUUAGUUACGGUGCAGAACAAUCUUAGGUAUAUUAAAGCUGAUGGAACUUACAUACGAUGCCUUUCUGAUUUUCGCAAAGCCUGAAAUUGAGUUUGUCAAGGGCUUUUUGUUUUUGCCAUUUCUUUUUUUGAGGUGCUAUUUCGCAUGAGUUUUGUAAUAUCUUUUUGUAUCAUCGAUUUGAUGAUGAUUGUUUGGGAUUCUCUUCA